AAUUUAAAUCGAAUGAAACAGGCGAUUGAUGAAUAGCAUUCUGCCUCUUUGAUAACGUGCUUUUACUCUCUCUCUCUCUCUCUCCUCGAUUUGCAUUUGUUGCAGGAACCGACGCGGUGCCCAAACUUCGUCGCCGUCAUCUUCGUCCAUUUUCUGCUCCCGUCGAGAAUCCGCUUCCUCUCUCUUUCUCCAUUCGGUUGACGGCGGCGCGGAGGGUUCAGCGACGAUGGGCUCGAAUGCCAAGUUUUUAUUGCUGUCGGCUGUUUUUGCGGCGUUUGCGCGAUUGGCUGCUGCUUCGAGCUUCAUUUCAGAUGAUGUGUUCGUAUCUCAUGGAUCUGGCAUGCGGAGCUUGCUGCAGGCAAAGACUAGUUGUCCUGUGAACUUUGAAUUCAUGGACUACACAAUCAUUACUAACCAGUGCAAGGGCCCGAGGUACCCGGCUGAUCAAUGCUGCGGAGCUCUCAAGGAUUUUGCUUGCCCUUAUGCUGCUGACAUAAAUGAUAUGACGAAUGACUGUGCAUCGACCAUGUUCAGUUACAUCAACCUCUAUGGUAAGUACCCGCCAGGAUUGUUCUCGAGCGAAUGCCGAGAAGGAAAGCUGGGCCUUGCGUGCAAUGCCACUGCCCCACAGGCACAGAAUGAUUCAAAUUCAUCUCCUGGCCACAUGAACCAGAGCCGCCUCAUUUCUGCUGUCUUCCUUUUGUGUGUUGCUGUUCUAUUUUCUUAAUCUAAGAAGUUGUAAAGGUCUGCCCCUGAGUUCUGGGUAGUUUGUUUGAAUUGAAGAACUAGUGAAAUUGAUUGUGGUGUUCUGAUCACCAAGUGGGAUUAAUGUUCAUAUGAUGUGUAGGUGGAAUCCAUAAUUCUCGAAUGAAUUCAAGUUUGAUAAAGUUUCGGUAUUGUAUUAGACUAAACGGCAGCCUAUGUUGAUUGAGUUUAAAAAUAUUAUGGAAUAA